GCCACAACCCCACAACCGCUCAUCGCCCGCGCAUCGGCCUGUCCAUGGCCGGAUCGGUCUCCUUUGUGGCUUGCGACGUCUAAACUCUUGCCCCGACAACCGCCAUGGGCACGAACGGAGCGGGUGGAUUGGGUGAAACGGGCGGCAUGAUGGGGAACAAUGCCAACCAGCCGCCAACGACCGAGUACACCCUUCAAGGGGUCAUGCGCUUUCUGCAGACGGAAUGGCAUCGCCAUGAACGCGACCGCAAUGCCUGGGAAAUCGAGAAGCAGGAAAUGAAGAGCAGAAUAGCCAGUCUCGAGGGACAGGCGAGGAGAGCCGACGCGACGCAAAAGGCCCUGAAGAAAUACGUCGCGAUACUAGAGAAGAAGGUCAAGGACCAGGCCGCCCUGCUGAAGUCCGGCAAGACGGCCGAGCCAGAGCCCAAGCUGGAUCGUGCCUCGUUACUUCAGGAAAAAUUACGGCCGUCAUCAGAGAAGCCAAGCCGCCCUUCGAUGGAGGGAGGCUCACUCGAAGCCAGUCUUGCCGACGAAGAAGCCUCACGAAACGAGCUCAAGUCUUUCCUCGACCAGUGUCAAGCCGAAUUUACUUACCUGAUGAUCACUCCCGCCAACCCAUUACCCCCAAGGGAGUCCCCCCCACUACCCAUGAUCGAAGAUUUGCGGGAGGGUGAUGGAUUGGGUCAGCCGCUCUUGGACCAAUCCUACCAACAGGGCCUUCGGCAGCAGCAACAGCAGCAGCAGCAACAGCAGCAACAGCAACAACAGCAACAGCAACAACAGCAACAGCAACAACAGCAACAGCAACAACAGCAACAGCAGCAGCAGCAACAACCCCAACAGAACCAUGUCCGCGAGUUUCUUGCUUCGCAAGCGCGCCCGGUUCCCACUCCGAACAACCAGCCGCCUGCGCCUCCCGCACCCGGAAACAUCCCGGUGAAAACGCUCGAGAAUCAUGCUGCGCAAAUGGCUCGCGCCUCGAACAAUGAACAUGCCGCUGCGGGGUACGGAUAUUUUGCGGAGUGGCCAAGUCAAGGAUCUACAUCAGGAAAGACGGCGACAGAGCAGGGAUCUGACCUCGCUAGCCAACCCACACAAGCCAGCAGGAACGAAGAAAAGAGAGAUGGCGCCGAGAAACGUGGCGUCUCCGAGAUAGAUAGCUGGGACUUCAACGACGCCAACUUCCCGGACGCCUCUGCGCCUACCCAACCACAGCAAGUUUCGUCCAACCGCCCCGAUACCGAUGUGUUCCCUACAGCAGACAACAUCCCCAAAUCGCCAAAUCGCGCACCGCUCGCGCACCGUAGGAAGAGCUCAAACACAAUGGCCCGCAGGAGGAGUGCAGAACACGAGCUGUCGCUGCAUUCGCUGGGCCCGAAGACCGAAGGCUCCAACUUCAAGCUCAAGUUCGGUUUACGCGGACAUUUGGACACGGUUCGGACGGUGAUCUUCUCCGGGGGUGGCAGCCCCGGAGAGCCCGAGAUCUGCACGGCCGGGGAUGACGGGACGAUCAAACGGUUCCACAUUCCCGACCGGCACCCGGGGCACGUGAAUGCGGGCAGCUCCGAUCUCGAUGUCGUAGCCGACUUCACACAUCGCGGCCACGUCGGAGCGGUCCUCUCGCUGACCUCGUGGUCUCCCGCUCCAAACUUCUCAACUGGCGGGCGGGCGCAGGGCGACGGUUGGAUCUUUUCUGGCGGGCAAGAUGCCACGAUCCGGGUCUGGGAGCGGGGCAGGAUAGACCCCAAAGCGACGAUAGACGCUCACACUGACGCGGUCUGGGCGCUAUGCGUUCUGCCCACCAAUCUGGGCGCCAUUUUCGGUCAAUCCAAUCCGUAUGGAACACCAGACCGCAUCCUUCUCGUGUCCGGCGCAGCGGAUGGCAACGUGAAGGUGUGGGCAGUCAGCUCGCCGCCACAGCUUACCUCGCCCCAACCCGCCGCCGGGCGUCGCGCACAGGGUGGUCGUGUCAGGGGCAACUCGAUGAGCUCUGGUUCCGCAUUCCCCAACUCGCCGCAGCCGACAAUAGCGUCGAACUCGCCGUUCCAUCAUACCCUGAUACAUACCAUCUCGCGCCCCAAUUCAAAAGCGAGCCCUACGUGUAUCACGCCAUUGAGCCUGAACGGCGAGACAUUUGUGGUCAGCUACUCAGAUGCCGCCAUCAUUGUGUACGACACGCGCACCGGCGAGGAGAUGGGCACUAUGGCAAGCUUGGAAACAUAUGAUGGCACAAUGUCGACCAGCGUGAACGCGGUUGUCGCGACCACCGCCGGGCUGGACCACCAGCCGCAUCAGGGGAUCAGCGAGGAGGACACAGCCGGUGGCGGGCCGACGGGAGGCGGUAGAGCCAUGGCUGGGUCUGGGGUUGAGGGUGUCAUCAUUUCGGGUCACGAGGAUUGUUACGUGCGGUUCUUCGAUGCCAACAGCGGCCAAUGCACGUACAACAUGGUCGCUCACCCAGCCUCCAUCUCCAGCCUCUCGCUCAGUCCGGACGGCCGGGAGCUAGUCAGUGCGGGGCAUGAUGCUUCCCUACGGUUCUGGUCUCUAGAAAAGCGGUCCUGCACCCAGGAAAUCACAAGCCACCGCGUCAUGCGUGGCGAGGGUGUCUGCACUGUUGUUUGGAGCCAGGACGGUCGUUGGGUCGUCAGCGGCGGCGGCGAUGGGGUAGUCAAGGUUUUUGCGCGAUAGUAACAGCAAUCGCCCAGCUACGAAGAGAAAAGGGCAAACGACUGUGCCGAACGCUCUCGCAGGCGCCCACCUAGUGUGCUUGACGGAGUUGCUACUGCGGAACGGGUGGCUUGAAUGCGGCCUCGUUGCGCAACCCGCUUUCCGAGGACUGAUAGUGGAGCUGGAGGGUUUGGGUAUUCCUGGGAGAGGAGCUCAGACCGGGCCGCGCAGCUGCAUCAUCCAAACACGGA